AUGAGAUCAAUUGCAUUUGGAAGGAAGCGUUUUCAUCGACUGCAAGACGCUUGUGGUGACUUCAUAAAAUAUCAAGAUGCCACCUUCAGCAAGGCCACAUAUGACUACUUCUGGCAUGCCAUAGCCAGCGACGUGUCAUGUGUGGGACGAAAUCUUCGCGACCUGGCUCGCGAGGCCAGACACCAGCCUCAUGAUCCUAGACCCCUAUGGCGGGAACAUCGCCCGCGUGCCCGCGGCGGCGUGCUGUACAGCAUCCAGUACAUGAACUUCUGGGCUGUCGACGGCGACAGUGCGGCGUUGACGACGUGGGUCAGGGACGUCUACACGUUCAUGGAGCCCCACGUGAGCAAGAACCCAAGGGAGGCGUACGUGAACUACAGGGACCUGGACCUCGGCGAGAAUGUCGUUGGAGCGGACAACGUCACGAGCUACGAGGCCGGCAAGCUCUGGGGCGAGAAGUACUACAAGGAUAACUUCAGGAGGCUCGCCAUGGCCAAGCGUCAGAUAGAUCCUCACGGCUACUUCAGGAAAGAGCAGAGCAUCACGCCGCUUGAUGCGGAUGAGCAACGAGUGGUCAUGAGGAAUGUGGCGGUUGCCUGA